CGGCCUCCGCGUCACCCGCGCCCGCGGUGGCCACAACAUGGCUGCGGCGCCGGGGCUGCUGCUCUGGCUGCUCCUGCUCGGGCCGCUCUGGUGGGUCCCGGGCCAGCCGGACCCGAGCCCCGGCCGGCGCUUCUCCGACCUCAAAGUGUGCGCGGACGAAGAGUGCAGCAUGCUAAUGUACCGUGGUGCGGCCGUUGCAGACUUCACAGGCCCUGACUGUCGUUUUGUGAAUUUUAAAAAAGGUGAUCACGUGUAUGUCUACUACAAACUUGCAGGGGGCUCCCCUGAAGUUUGGGCUGGAAGUGUUGGACGAGUCUUUGGAUAUUUUCCAAAAGAUUUGAUCAAGGUCCUUCACAAAUAUACAGAAGAAGAGCUACAAGUUCCAGCAGAUGAGACAGAUUUUGUCUGUUUUGAAGGAGGAAGAGAUGAUUUUGAUAAUUAUAAUGUAGAAGAACUUUUAGGGUCUUUGGAACUGGAUGACUCUGCAUCUGAUGAGUCUGAGAAAGCUAAAGAAGUUUCUCAGCAUGAAGUGAAAUCUCCUGAAGGAGCUCAGGAGACUGAACUUGACCCUACACCUGAGCCUGAGCCAGUCAAAGCUGACUCAGGGGAAAGAGAAGGUGCAUUCUCAGAGAGCACUGAGGAACUGCAGGAACAGCCCUCAGCUCAGGAGAGCCACCCUCAUGCCACCAGUGCAGCAGAUAACGCUCAGGGAAGGCAGUCUUCAGUGGACAAUUUUGAAGAGAUGCUGCACGAUAAAUUAAAAGUGCCAGGAAGUGAAAACAGAACCAGCAAUAGUUCUCCCGUCUCAGUGGAGCAGGAGAAGAUAGAUGCUUACAAAGUCCUGAAAACAGAAAUGACUCUUGACUUGAAAACCAAGUUUGGCUCAACUGCUGAUGCACUGGUGUCUGAUGAUGAGGCAACCAGGCUGGUCACUUCAUUAGAAGAUGAUUUCGAUGAAGAACUGGAUGCUGAGUAUUACCCGAUGGAGAAUGAAGAAGAGGAGAAUGUGGACAACUUUGAUGAGCUACCUUUACUAUCCUUUGCAGAUGAAGAAGACGAGAAAGUCCCUGGGAAACCUGGGAUGGAGAAAUAUUCAAUAGAUAAGGAUCCAAACUUGAGUGAAGAGGAUAAAGUUGAACCCACUCUGCCUCCUGGCAUCCAAAGUGACAAUAAAGAUUUAUUGACAACUUGGGGGGAUACUUUGUUCUCUAUUGUCACAGGAGGGGAAGGAAAAACAGGUGAGGUAGGUUUAGAGAGUUCUAACCCAGAGGAAGACAAGCGGGAGGAUGUGCUGGUUUCAGCUAGCCGUGAGAGGAAACCACAGUCAACAGCUGGCUAUAUGGACCCUGAGGAUGAAGAAGAUGAUCUUUUUGUAGAAGUCUCCAAAACCAAUGGUGAAAAGGACUCAGAAACAGACCAAGAUCUUGUCAUUACAGGAGAAGAAAAGCCAAUGCAGGACUCCAGGAGAGGCCUGGCACACCAUGAGUCCAAAUCAGAGGUUGCAGAGUCAGAAACAGUGAGUGCUUAUCAACCUCAGAGUAGCAAGCUUAACCCUCUGCCAGCUGCUGAAAAGGGCAAAGAAUUUACAUUAAAAGCAGUCUUUGAAAAAAAAGAAAAUGGCCUAAAAGAACCAGUUAUCCAUAUCUCAAAGGAAACACCCCACGAAGAGAAGACCGGAGGGGGCUUAGAGAGGGAAUCGGUACCCAGAGCUGUGGUGAGUCCAGGGACAGAAAACAGCAGCAAACAUGAAUCCUUGGGUGCCACACCACUCUUAGGAGAUCAUCAGCCUGAUGCAUCCAAGGACAGUAUGGAAGUCGCAGGCGCUUCCGUCAGUGGGCCAAAAGUGGACCAACAGGAGGGAUUUCAGAAUCAACCUGGAUUCUCCUCUCCAGAGGAAACUGCUCUUUCAAGAGAACUGAGGGAGAAAGUUCCUACUCUGGGAAGAAAUCUUUCUUGGCAGCAGCAAGAGAGAGAUGUAGCUGUUGUAGAGGGCAGGGAAGACCCUGCAGAUGUGGAACCACCCCACCCCCAGGCCAUACAAGGGAUACAGGAGGCUGAUAGCCGGGAAGUACCCAGUGUCCAAAUCCAAAGGCCAGAAGCAGAGGAGGACGAUUAUCCCACUGAGGAGCUACUGGAGGAUGAAAAUGCUGUGAGCGCACAGCAGUCUAAAGAGAACCACCCCAGGGUUCAGGACAGGAAGUCAGACAUGAAUUCUCAGGUUUUUGAAAAAGUAAUUUUGGGGACCCUUAAUCUUGACACUGAAGAAAACAAACAAGCAGCUAAUAUGAUUGUGGAGACUGGAAAAAAGAGUAAAACUACAUCAGAAGGGGCCGAUGGUACAGGCAAGGAGUCGGGCAGUGUGGUGGUGGACAAAGAAAAAAGCCAUCUGGCAGCUGUACGAGCUCAGGGGCCAGCUGAAGUAGAUGGCCUUCAUGAGAAGAUGCCAGCUCACACUGCAGGCUUCGGGGAAGCCAUCCAGAGUAAAGAUCCUGAUGCCCUACAAAAAGACAACCCCGAGGAACUAGUCAACACCUUUCAACUUGGGGAGAUUCCCGGGGGAGAAGAGACGUCAGAAGGGGAGCCUGAGGAUCCUGAGGAGUUUGGAGGCUCAGAACGCCAGGUGCCCGAUGCUGAAGACCUUGGAGAUGGCUCGCCCCAACAAGCUCCACCUGAAAUUCCCGACAUAGUGCUGAAGAGUGUGAGAGAAGACUUGCCCAUCAUAAACAGCUUCUUCAAGGACCAGAAGUCCCUGUAUCGUUUCCUGAAAUACUUUGAUGUCCACGAGCUGGAGGGCAUGCUGCAAGAUAUGUCAAUAAGGCUGAAAUCAGCACAUCGGGACAGCCUGCCCUACAAUGUGGAAAAAGUCCUGGAUAAAGUCUUCCGUGCCUCUGAGUCACGAAUUCUAAGUGUGGCAGAGAAUAUGCUUGAUAAUCGAGUGACCAAAAAUAGAGAUCUGGGGACACAAGAGAACAGCUUGUUAGAAGAAGCUGCGGUGUUGGAUGAUGUACAAGACCUGAUCUAUUUUGUCAGGUACCAACACUCUGGAGUGGAGACUGCCCCACUGGCCACACCUCCACCUCAGGAGGAAGGCGGGGCUGGACCAAUAGAAGAGGUGCAGCCACUCCAGCAGGACAGCUUACCACAAGAAAACACAGGAGAUCUUAGUGUGCAGCUUCCGGAGGAGCCUGCUGGACUCUUGGAUCAACCUGUGACCGGUGUGCAGCUUCCGGAGGAGCCUGCUGGACUCUUGGAUCAACCUGUGACCGGUGUGCAGCAUCCGGAGGAGCCUGCUGGACUCUUGGAUCAACCUGUGACCGGUGUGCAGCAUCCGGAGGAGCCUGGUCUCUUGGAUCAACCUGUGACCGGUGUGCAGCUUCCGGAGCAGUCUGGACUCUUGGAUCAACCUGUGACUGGGCACAUGAGUGCCUCAGAGGUGUUACAGAAGCCAAAUACUGAGAAAGACAUAGAUCCAGAUUUCCUUGUAACCAAAGUCUCUCCUGUUGGGGCUGGUGAUGCAGAAAAGCACCUGGAGACAAGGGCAGAGGAGCCAGACAAUAUCUCACUUCUGGAAAACACACUUGGUUCCCUGUAUUCCUUCAUUCUUUAUUUAAGUAAGAUGUUAAUUGCCACGUUGCCUGAUAAUGUUCAGCCUGGCCCUGACUUUUAUGGACUACCAUGGCAGCCUGUGAUCGCUACUGCAGUCUUGGGAAUUGUUUCAUUUGCAAUUUUCUCCUGGAGAACUAUGCUUGUUGUAAAGAGUAGAGUAUAUCAAGUUACUGAGAAGCAAAUUUCUGAAAAAUUGGAGACUAUCAAGAAAGAAAAUGCAGAACUUAUGCAAAAACUGUCAAAUUAUGAACAAAAGAUCAAGGAAUCAAAGAAAUAUGUUCAAGAAACCAAGAAACAAAAUGUGAUUCUCUCUGAUGAUGCUAUUAAAUACAAGGAUAAAAUCAGGGUACUUGAAGAAACUAAUGAAAUUCUGGGUGACAAAGCCAAAAGUCUUCAUCUUAUGUUAGAAUCUGAAAGAGAACAGAACGUCAAGAAUCAGGGCUUGAUACUGGAAAACAAGAAGUCUAUUGAGAAGUUGAAGGAUGUCAUUUCGAUGAAUGCAUCAGAACUUUCAGAGGUUCAAAUUGCCCUUAAUGAAGCCAAGCUUAGUGAAGAGAAUGUAAAAUCUGAAUGUCAUCGGGUUCAAGAAGAAAAUGCCAGGCUUAAGAAGAAGAAAGAGCAGUUGCAGCAGCAGAUUGAAGAGUGGAGUAAAUCGCAUGCUGAGCUUACUGAACAAAUCAAGUCAUUUGAGAGGUCCCAGAAAGACUUAGAAGUAGCUCUGACUCACAAAGAUGACAAUAUUGAUGCUUUGACCAAUUGCAUCACACAGUUGAAUCGGGUAGAGUGUGAACUUGAAUCUGAGGACCAGAGUGAAGGAGGAAAUGAGUCAGAUGAGCUGGCCAAUGGAGAAGUGGGAGGUGACCGAAGUGAGAAGAGGAAACACAGAGUUGAGCAGAUGAUGGACAUCUCUCGGACACAAACUGCAGUAUCAAUAGUUGAAGAGGAUCUUAAACUUUUACAACUUAAGCUAAGAACAUCAAUGUCCACUAAAUGUAACCUGGAAGGCCAAAUCAAGAAACUGGAAGAUGACUGCAGUUCUCUGCAGACAGCUAAAGCCGGGCUGGAAGACGAGUGCAAAACUCUGAGGCAGAAAGUGGAGAUCCUGAAUGAGCUCUACCAGCAGAAGGAGAUGGCUCUGCAGAAGAAACUGAGUCAAGAAGAGUAUGAGCGGCAGGACAGAGAGCAGCGCCUGUCAGCUGCAGAUGGAAACGUGGUCUUGGCUGCUGAGGAAGUAAAAACUUACAAGCGGAGAAUUGAAGAAAUGGAAGAAGAGUUACAGAAAACAGAACAGUCAUUUAAAAGCCAGAUCGCUGCUCACGAGAAGAAAGCUCAUGAAAACUGGCUCAAAGCCCGUGCUGCAGAGCGAGCCAUGGAAGAGGAGAAGAGAGAAGCUGCUAACUUAAGGCACAAAUUACUGGAAAUAACCCAAAAGAUGGCAAUGAGGCAAGAUGAACCUGUGAUCGUAAAACCAAUACCAGGAAGACCGAAUACACAAAACCCUCCCCGGAGAGGUCUACUGAGCCAGAAUGGUUCUUUUGGCCCAUCCCCUGUGAGUGGUGGAGAAUGCUCCCCUCCCCUACCAGCAGAGCCACCUGGGAGACCUCUUUCUGCCACACUCAGUCGAAGAGACAUGCCUAGAAGUGAAUGUGGGUCAUUGGACAGGCAUUUACCUAGCCCUCGAUGGUCAUCAGAGGCUUCUGGAAAACACGCUGCUUCUGACCCAGGUCCAGCUCCUGUGGUGAACAGCAGCUCCAGGAGCUCCUCUCCAGCCAAGGCCACCGAUGAGGGCAAGCCAACUGUUCCCCAAGAGCCUGACGGCCCCUUAGGUUCCAGCAUGGCCCCUUUAGCUGAGCAUCCAGUGGCAGUUAACAUGGCUCCCAAAGGGCCCCCUCCGUUUCCAGGGGUACCUCUCUUGGGUGCCCCUUUGGGAGGCCCCAUGCCACCACCCAUUCGAUAUGGACCACCUCCUCAGCUAUGUGGGCCUUUUGGGUCUCGGCCACUUCCUCCUCCUCCACCAUUUGUUCCAGGCAUGCAUCCACCAUUAGGCAUAAGAGAAUAUGCACCAGGUGUUCUGCCUGGGAAACGGGACCUGCCUGUUGACCCUCGGGAGUUUUUACCAGGACACAUACCAUUUAGACCUCGAGGUUCACUUGGUCCAAGAGAGUACUUUAUUCCUGGUACCAGAUUACCACCUCCAACUCAUGGUCCUCAGGACUACCCGAUGCCACCACCUACUGCAAGAGACUCACUGCCUUCCGGCCCAAGAGAGGAAGUCCCACCUGCCUCUCCAAGCAGUGUCCAGGACCAUUCACAGGCUUCAAAACCCAGCCCCUAACUUUGACCUCUGUCAUGAGUCAGAGAGAAAGCGGACAGUGCAUUAUUCAUUACAGCAAAGGAUUUCAUUGGCUUCACAACCUGAAAGUUUGUUUCACAAAGUUUGUUUUUAGUACUAAGCUGCCUUGGCAGUGUGCAUUUUUGAGCCAAACAAAAAAUACUAUUUUCCCUUCUAGGUAAAAAAAUCACCUCUUAAGCUAGAGUGUCCUUCCAACUUUGAAAUGUGCAAUAAAAAAUACCUGUUUAGUUCAUGUAGCAUAUGUAAUUGCUAAAUGAUUUAGAAUAUCAUGAAAUAUGAACAUUUCCUGUGGAAAUGCUUUAAGAACAUGUAUUUCCAUGGCCUUGGUUUAGUGUGUGCCAGCUGAUACAGAGCAAGGUGUUUACAGCUCCCUCUGUCUCUCAAGGACUGUUACGCUAAAAAACAUUUACUCAAGGAUCAUAAACUCUCCUGUUGCUAAAGUUCUUUGUAGUAAUAGUUCAUAAACUUUGUUUAUUAAUAUUU